CAGUCUAUUAGUAUUCGAUGUACACAAUACUGACUGCCAUCUAGCGUUCGGAAAAGAUGGCGAGUCAAGGAUUUCGGCAAGAAAUGCCGCGUUCGGGCGGUUACCAGAAUGUUGACUGGGCAAAAAAAAUACCCGUCAGGAAAUGGAGUGGUUAUUCUCAGUUUGGAGCUUUUAUUGCAUUCACGUCGGUAGCGUGGGUUGCUUAUUGGUACGACAAGAAAAGAAUGAAAACGGAAGAGUUGGAGAUGCGUGAUGCAAGAAUUGCUAUAAUACCGUUAUUACAGGCAGAGCGUGACCGUCUAUUUUUGAUCCAGCAGCGUAAGAACCGGGAUGAAGAGAAUGAGCUGAUGAAGGAUGUUCCCGGCUGGAAAACAGGAACACUGUGGGGGAAACCGGUGUACCACAAUAUCCGAGACCGAUACAUCACACCAGCCACUGAAGAAUUCUUCGCCCACUCCAGCUACUGGGACAAAUACAGUGUUACCAUGGAAAAACUAAAGCAUUAACGGAUUAACAAAUGACUAGAACUGUGUUGCAUAAAUUCUAAAUUGUUUUGGUGGACGUAUUGAAAAGAAUUGGACAUGGUUGUUUUAUUUAUAGUCAUUAAAGUUGUUUUAAUAUUAUUUGGAAAUAAAGCCAUUUCUUACUGAAUUUUCCAUACUGCAAAACACAAUGCCUUUCUAACUUUGUAAAAAGCUGUAUUCUUCACAGUGAUUUUGCUAAUUUAGAGUAAAUCCGAUUGUAGCAACCAUGUCUAGUUCUAAAGUGUCCCAUGGUGAGAGUUUCUAAAGUGGUUUGAAUAUUUCGUUACAAACCAUCAAGUGUGAAUAUAUUACAAAACUUUGUGUAGUGACUGGUGUAAAUCCUGAAUUUGGUCAAGUUUGAAUAAUGAGUGCUAACUACUAGGUGUUUUAGAAACAAAAGUUACAUGUAUACAUAUACAUGCAUAGGCAUAUGGAAGACAUUUUACUUGGAGGUAUUUGCCAUGAAAUUUCUAAAGGUAAAUUAUUCUUUGCCCUGAAAAUUAGUCUUCAGAUUCCAGACUAAACGAGAAAGACUUUUUUGGUUCAACAUGGUUUGAGAAAAUAUACCACAUAUUCAGUGUGGUUAAAGUGAUUCGGAAAGGGAUGAAUUUCACUGUGUCUUUUCAUGCCUGUUUUAGGUAUAUUUUCCAAUUUGUAGCAUCCUAUUUUCAAAUUUAAUGAGCAAGCUAUGUAUAGAAUGAAUAUAUGUUUUUCAAAAGAAACCAGUACUUGAAUUAUUGGAGAUAAGCUUGUAAGAGUUAUUGUACUUACGUAUUUAAAGCUGGUAACCACAAGUGUGGUUUAAUAAUGCAUUUUGACAACUGUCCGUUACUUUUCUUUCAUAAUGCCAUAUGUGUUGCAUUCUGUAGUUCUUAAGAGAGAUCUUUGUCUGCGUUAAAACUUCAACAGUACCAUAUGAAGAUUGUUUUCUAACAGAUAAUUCUGAUUAGACUGUUUUGAAAACAGUUUGUAAAUAAAUAAAGUAAAAAUAAAGA